AACUCUUUAGCUUAAGCCUCUCUCGUACAUUGGUUUCAGGGUUUUCACUACUGGCGAGAAUUGAAAGACGCUUCCAGAGAGAUCAUCUCCGUUAAACCCUAGAGAAUUACGGGUAUUCACCACAUGGCUUUCUUAAGUAAAGUUGGAAGGAUAUUUAGUCAGACCAGCACCAAUGUCACUGCCUCUAGCUCAAUGCUACAGAGCAUACGUUGCAUGUCUUCAUCGAAAGUCUUUGUUGGAGGUAUCUCCUACAGCACUGAUGAGUUUGGCUUAAAAGAAGCUUUUAGCAAAUAUGGAGAAGUUGUUGAUGCAAAAAUUAUUGUGGACCGUGAAACUGGCAGAUCAAGGGGAUUUGCUUUCGUGACAUUUACUUCAAGCGAGGAGGCUAGUAAUGCCAUGCAAUUGGAUGGACAGGACCUUCAUGGUCGAAGAAUUAGGGUGAAUUAUGCAACUGAAAGAGGAAGUGGGUUUGGAGGAAGGGGAUUCGGUGGCCCUGGUGGUGGAUAUGGUGCUCCAAAUGGUGGUUACGGUGCUCCCUCUGGUGGUUAUGGAGGGAACUCUUCUUAUGGUGGAAAUGCUGGUGGUUACGGAGGUAACUCUCCGUAUGGUGGCAAUGCUGUUGGUGGCGGUGGUGGUGGUGGUUAUGGAAGCAAUUUUGGCAGUGGUAGCGGAUAUGGUGUUGCAGGUGGUGUUGGUGGGAGUGACAACUUUGCCCAAGGCAGCUCCACGAGUGCUGGCUUUGAUAACAAGUUUGGCAGUAACCAACCAUUAGGCAACGAUACAGAUCAUCAGCUGGAAAGUGGUUUUGGAGGUGAUGAACAAUUUGGUGGCAGUGAAAAUCAAUUUGGUGAUGCAGAGAACGGUAAAACAGAGAAUGGUCCUGAUGGGUUUGAUCAUACUGACGAUGGUGAUGUUGCUAAGAGAGCCUAGUCUCUACAAUUGUCGAGUCUUCCUACCUUUGCGUCAGUCUUGGAACUUUUGUUAUACUGGUUCAGUCUUAACUAGUGGAAGUUUCUUAAUUUCUACUUUUGACGUUUGUGGUUUGUUUAUCAUGUAGGAACCUCUCUAUUGUUGGUCGCGUUUUUUCCUUGUUUUCUGACAUUUGAGGCCACAUAAAAUAAUAAAAACUGUAAUAACUUAUAACAGAGA